CAGCGCAGAUCCCCUGAUUCCUGAGCGCUGAGUUUCCUGCCUGAACUCCACCAGCAGGAGGAUCACCGCUGCUCUCCGCUCACAAACCAGCCCGAGCUGCUCGAGAAAAUGAUGUUCCGAAGUAUCUCCCUGGUCGUCUUGCUGGCCAUAGUUUGCUGUCACGCUGAGGACACUCAGAGCAAGUCGAAGGUGUGUGCUAACGUAUUCUGCGGUGCAGGGAGAGAGUGCACAGUGACAGAGAAAGGAGAGCCUAGCUGCUUGUGUAUUGAGCAAUGUAAGCCUCACAAGCGCUCUGUGUGUGGCAGCAAUGGGAAAACAUAUCGAAACCACUGUGAGCUGCACAGAGACGCCUGCCUCACUGGACUGAAGAUCCAGGUGGCUCAUGAUGGUCACUGCAGAGAGAGGAAAACGGAGAAAGCGGCCGCCAGUCCAGUGGUUUGCUAUGUGGCUGAUCGUAAUGAACUGCGUAGACGUGUGAUUGAGUGGCUGCAGACUGAGGUGGUUCCAGACGGCUGGUUCACUAAGGGCUCCAACUUUACCGACACCCUGCUCAAGUACUUCAAGAACUACGAUAACGGCGACUCACAGCUGGACUCCUCUGAGCUGCUCCGCUUCAUCCAGCACAAUGAGACAGCUGUAGAGCUGCGCUCCUACGCAGAGGAGGAGAACAACCGCCUGCUCAGGAGCCUGUGUGUGGAUGCCCUGAUCGAACUUUCAGACCAGAAUGCUGAUUGGAAGCUGAGCUUUGAUGAGUUCCUCAACUGCCUACGUCCAGGAUUCAACCCGCCAGACAAGAAGUGCGCUUUGGAGGAUGAGACCUAUGAAGAUGGAUCAGAAACGCAGGUGGAGUGUAACCGCUGCGUCUGCGCCUGCGGCAACUGGGUCUGCACUGCCAUGACCUGCGACGAGAAAAGUCCAGCACCUGAGGCAGCUGCUGGUGAUGAGGAGAUGACGGAGGAGGAGUGGAGCCUCCGCGUGGCUGAACUCAACAAACAUCAGGAGACCAUGGAGAAAAUGAAGUCCAGCACAAAAGAGGUUUAAAGAGGAAGAAGGAGAGAGAUGAGGAAGAGGUUCUUCUCCUACUGAACACAAUCAGGACUCCUGAGAUUACGUACUGUUGCUGGGAGAAUCACAUCAUUUUAUUGUUUUUAUCUCUAUGAAUAUAGUAUGUUUAUCUAUUAUUACCUUUCCGUGUAACGUCAUUAUAACCUAGUUUUCGGUUGAUGUUUGUUAGGCCGCAGUUGUAGCCGAGUAUUACCUUUAGCCUGAUGUCUGAUGUUUUGUACGUUUGCGUAUCACCAAGUGCUGUACUUUGUUUUAUUGUAUCACUCUAAGCCUUGCCUAAGAGGCCCCAGCACUUUAUACGGGGGCUAUUUUGUACGCUGUUAUUUUCUAUGUAUUAUUAUUGUUUUUUAUCAUGUAUUUGUUUGUCUUUUUAGAUUUGGAUUUUGUAUACAUGUUGCUUUUGAUUGAGACAAUGGAGUGAAAAAGAGUGCUGGAGGGAGAAGAAGUCAGUAGGAAAUCAGCUGAGAUGGUAUGCUCUGCGUUUUUCCGGGUAUUAAACCACGAGAUGUCUGAAGCAUGAAGGUCAGCAAGAAUAUCAACGUCAGCUGAGUCUCCCUCACACUCUCUCUCCACGUAGACAAGGCAGUCAUAGUCUUGAGACCUUUCGAAAAGGUGCUAAUAUGUAUUCUUCUGUUUGCAGCAUUGCCCACUUGCAUCAGUUUUUCUAGGUUGCAAAGUAGAAUUAGUUAGCUUAUAGUGCUAAAAUAGAGAGCCAGAAGUUACAAAGCACUGACAGAAUUGUGUUUUGGUCAGAGUUAGUGAUGCUUUUUGGAUGAUACGCUGCAUGCCUAAAAAUAUCCAGUCGCCUCUUCUAAUUAGCAGAUUCAGCUAGGUUAAGGCGCGUUCGUUGCUGAAUCAGGGCUUGAAAUGUGCACACAGUGAUGUUAUCUCCUUAGAUAGGCUUUGGAAUUGGAACAGAAUGCUGUGGAGCAUGACACAAGCCUAAGGUCACCAUGCACAAUGCUAAGUGUUGGCUAGAGGGCCUUCAGACAUCUGGACUGUGGAGAAGUGAAAUGAGUUGGAGUGAUGAAGCUCUAUUGAACACCUUUUGGCUUGAGUUAAAAUAACGAAGCUCCGUCGAACAGCUUUUAAAUUAGCUGGAGUGAAGAAGCUCUGCUGAGCACCUUUGGGCUUAGAUGGAGUGUUGAAGCUCUGCUGAACACCUUUGGGAUUAGGUGGAGUGAAGAAGCUCUGCUGAAGACCUUUGGGUUUAGAUGGAGUGAAGAAGCUCUGCUGAACACCUUUGGGAUUAGGUGGAGUGAAGAAGCUCUGCUGAAGACCUUUGAGCUUAGAUGGAGUGAAGAAGCUCUGCUGAGCACCUUUGGGAUUAGGUGGAGUGAAGAAGCUCUGCUGAAGACCUUUGGGCUUAGAUGGAGUGAUGAACUUCAACUGAACAGCAUUGAGAUGAGUUGGAGUGAAGAAGCUCUGCUGUACACCUUUGGGAUUAGGUGGAGUGAAGAAGUUCUGCUGUACACCUUUGGGAUUAGGUGGAGUGAUGAACUUCAACUGAACAGCAUUGAGAUGAGUUGGAGUGAAGAAGCUCUGCUGAACAACAUGUAGAGUUCUGUAGAGUCUUUUACUGCAGCAAAGGAGGACCAACUCCUUAUUAAUGCUCUUGAUUUCAGAAAUAAAGAUUGAAAGAUGUGUCUGAAUACUUUUGGAUAGUCCACCAUAAGCUUGAUUUCUUCAGGUCUUUUGACAAAGGCCUGUGGUCUGAGCCAAACAGCGCAUCCUGUUCCUUUUAUCUCCAUACAGACAGGAACACUGACAGCACAGACGCUUCUGCUUUGCUUCUGCUUACUCUGCUUAUAGUUUAGUCUGAUUGCUUUAUGUAGAAGUAGUAAUUGUUAAAGCUCUAUUGCUGUGCUCAUUUCUGUUUGAAGGAGCUCAUUUGAACAAGGGGGAAAAGCUACACGGACCAACCAGGUGAAAGAAAGAGAAAUGCGAGCACUGCUAAAUUACGACUAGCGUUAUUGUGCCAUAAUAGAGCUGUGUUUUCGUCAUUCCCUGAGCAUUUUGAUGGCACUGAACGGGAUGAGCAUAGGCAGGGUCGCUCGAAACCAAAGCGUGAUGUUUAAAUGUUGUACAAAUCCUCCAGGUAAACCACUACUCUGGACCCAGCAACAACACUAUACCUUUUAUUUCGAAGAGCGGUCAGGAUAAGGAUUAGAAUCGCUGUCACCUCUUUAGCUUCGAUGCAUUCUUGCUUGAGUGUGUAUGCACCUGCUACAUGUGUAUUUGUGUGUGUGCGUGUGUGUGUGUGUGUGUGUGUGUGUGUGUGUGUGUGUGUGUGUGUGUGAGCAAUAGAGAGAAAAAGAGAAUGUGUGCUGUUUUUCUUUGUUUUUUCACUAAAUUCCACUAAUAUUAAGGAUUUUUGUGGUAAUGAGUGCCUUAAAUAUACGUCCUUGGUGCCACAGGUAGAACAACCUUCUUUUACGUAAGUAACCAUCUGUUGUAGGAAUCCAUGAAGAACUUUGCAGUAUUAUGGUAGUUAACCAGAUGUCCUGUAGAGUGACCGACUGAGUUCAACAGGUCAUUUCACACUAACUAGGACAGUUUCAUUCAUUUCAAUGUAAAGACUAUCUCGUUAACUUUUGUUUGAGUUUACUUGUAUUAUGACUUUUGGCUCUGUACUGUACGUCAAUAAAAUAAUUGUUCCACAA